CGCUCUCUGGCUCGUCGCCUCACAAGGAAGAUGGCGCACAGCGGUCGCUGGCGCUUCCCGGCCCGGCCGGGCACUGGCGCCUGGGGCCGCCGCGGGCUCGGGGGCUGCCGCGUGCGGGUGCCGGCCGUCUGCAGCCUGCGCGGGGAGCCGCCAGACGAGCGCCCGCGGGAGCGGCCCGCAGGGGGCGGAGGGGGAGGCGGCGGCGCGGCGGGAAGCGGAGGGGGCGGGGCGGGCGGCCCUUGCGCGGCGGCGGCGGCGGCGGCGGCCUCCUCCUCCUCCACCGCCGCCGCCGCCUCUUCCUCCUCCUCCUCGUCCUCCUCCUGCGGCUCGUCGGCCGGGGUGGCGCCGGGAUUCGACGCGGCGCUCCAGGUCUCUGCCGCCAUCGGCAUCAACCUGCGCCGGUUCCGGGCGGCCUGCGGCGUCGAGGCCGGCAGCGGAGAGGAUGAGCAGUUCCUGGGCUUUGGUUCAGAUGAUGAAGCUAAAGGACAAAGUCCCACCAAAUCUUCCACAGCCAAGUCUAAUACAAGGAAGCCACGUGGGAGACCCAGAAACAGCUUGGACCGAAGUUCAACCAUGCUCUCCGAGUCCUCCACAACUUAUUCCCCUUCAAACAGACCAGAACUCACACCCACAGAAAAAGUACAGAAGAACGAACUGAAAAGUGAAGAAAAACGACGAGGGAGGCCUCCUGCCCUUGGCAGCAUGAAGUUCAAAAUCAGACACAUGAAGGGCACAGCAGAUGCUCAAAAGAGGGGCAAGGAGGAAAAGGAGAAUCUAAAGAAAGUGAAGCGGGCACCGUCUACGGCCUUUCAGCAUGCAACAAAAAUCAAGAAGCUGCGAGCAGGCAAGCUCUCUCCGCUGAAGUCUAAAUUCAAAUCUGGCAAGCUCCACCUUGGAAGAAAAAGUGUACAGCUGGUGCGUCGGAGAGGCCGGCCACCAUCUUCCGAUCGCUUGAAUGCUGCUCUGGCUACAGCGGAGAGUUCUCAGCUGGACAGAGCCCAGCGGAUCAGAAAGGAGAAAGACGGCGUGUCGCUGCUUCCCAAAGAAGAAAAGCCUGCAGUCCGGCAGAGCCCUCGCAGGAUCAAGCCCGUGAGGAUCAUCCCUUCCUCCAAGAGAACAGACGCCACCAUUGCUAAGCAACUCUUGCAGAAGGCAAAAAAGGGGGCCCAGAAAAAGAUUGAGAAAGAAGCAGCAAAGCUGCAGGGACGCAAGGCAAGAACUCAGCUCAAAAAUAUCCGCCAGUUCAUCAUGCCAGUGGUGAGCGCCAUCUCUUCCCGAAUCAUUAAAACUCCCAAGCGCUUCAUUGAAGAUGAGGACUACGACCCACCCGUCAAAAUCGCCCGCUUGGAGUCGACACCGAACACCCGGUUCAGUGCCACCUCCUGUGAAUCCAGUGAGAAGUCCAGCGGGGCCUCCCGUCACUCCUCACAGGCAUCGUCGGAUUCCUCCCGGUCCAGCAGCCCCAGCGUUGACACGUCCACUGAUACACAGGCCUCAGAAGAGGUGCAAGGACUGUCUGAAGAAUGCAGCAACACUCCGGAGGUAGUUCCCUCUUCCCUGCCUGACUCCCCAUCCCCUGAGAAUGAGAGUGGUGAGCGGAGGAGGAGGAGGCGGAGGAGGAGGAGGCGGAGGAGGAGGAGGAGGUUUUCUGUGGCAGAGCGCAGUUUUGGACCCAAGAUAGCCAAAAAGCUGCCCAGCCUCCAGAGUGUCUCCCAGCAGCAGUCCUCCUCUGCCUCUCCACCCCCGCCCCUCCUGACCCCACCCCCGCCCCUUCAACCAGCUGCCAGCAUCUCUGAGCACGCCCCUUGGCUCAUGCCCCCCACAAUCCCUUUGGCUUCACCCUUCUUACCCUCUUCUGCUGCACCCAUGCAGGAGAAGCGGAAGUCCAUUCUGCGAGAGCCAACGUUCCGGUGGACCUCUCUGAAGCACUCCAGGUCUGAACCUCAGUACUUUUCCUCAGCAAAAUAUGCCAAAGAAGGACUUAUCCGCAAACCCAUAUUUGAUAACUUCCGGCCUCCCCCACUGACCCCUGAGGAUGUUGGUUUUGCUUCUAGUUUCUCAGCUGCUGGCGCCCCGGCUCCGACACGCUUAUUUUCCCCUCUGCACUCUGGGACCAGGUUUGAUGUGCACAAGAGGAGCCCUCUGCUGCGAGCGCCGAGAUUCACUCCGAGCGAGGCCCACUCCCGCAUCUUUGAAUCCGUCACCUUGCCUUCCUCUGUGAGUCGAGCUGCUGGAGGAGGCGCUGCUGCAUCCGUCACUUUGAGGAAACGAAAGAGGAGAGUGUUCAGCCCGAUUCGAUCAGAGCCCAGAUCUCCCUCACACUCCAUGAGAACAAGGAGCGGGCGGCUGAGCAGCUCAGAGCUCCCUUCUCUCCCGCCCCAGUCGUCAGGCUCUUCUUCGCUUGCCAGCAUUUCCGUGGGGUCCUUGACCACCAGUGCCUUAAAUGCCAGCUUCACUUUCCCUGCCCAUUCCCUUUCCCAGCCUGGAGAGUCAGCAGAGAAAAGCCAGAGGCCCAGAAAGCAGGCAGGAGUCCCGCUGGUAGAGCCUUUCUCCCCCAGCAGCCCUGCUCCCCUCUUCCCGUGGUUCACCCCGAGUUCUCAGACCGAGAGGGGCAAGAACAGAGACAACACCUCUGAGGAGCCGUCCAAAGACAGCGGCCGGAGUGUUGAGAAGGAGAAGGGCCGAGAGAGAGACCGAGAGCGGGAGAAAGAAAACAAGCGGGAGUCCCGGAAAGAGAGGCGAAAGAAGGCCCCUGACAUUCAGAGCAGCUCUGCGUUGUUCCCCGCGGCUCGUGUUUCAAAAGGGAGGGUGGUCGUCCAUGAAGACCCCACCAUUUCCUCCUCUGUCAAAAAAGCUGCGGGGCGGAAGAAAUCCGCAGCUGCUGAGCCCGUGGCUGGUGUGCCUGCCGUGGUUCUGAUGGAUUCAGCAACAGCCAUCAAGACCAAGAUGGCCAAGAGGGGUCGGGGAGGCUUGGAGAAGGCCAGCCCAGACCUCGGCCCUUCCGCCCCUUUGGUGGAAAAGGAGGAUGCUCUGAGGCUGCCUGCAGCUUCCUCAAUCAGCUCUAUGUUGGCUCAUGCAGACAAGCUGCCCAUGACUGACAAGAGGGUGGCCAGCCUCCUCAAGAAAGCAAAAGCCCAGCUGUACAAGAUCGAGAAGAGCAAGUCGCUCAAGCAGGUGGAUCAGCCAAAGGCACAGGGUCAAGAGAGCGACUCCUCAGAGGCCUCGGUGAGAGGGCCACGCAUCAAGCACGUCUGUAGGAGAGCAGCUGUUGCACUUGGGCGUAAGCGAGCCGUCUUCCCAGAUGACAUGCCCACUCUGAGUGCCUUGCCGUGGGAAGAGAGGGAGAAGAUACUGUCUGCCAUGGGGAAUGAUGACAAGUCCUCUGUUGCUGGUUCAGAAGAGGCUGAGCCCCAGGUGCCGCCCAUCAAGCCCAUCAAGCCCGUGACCAGACACAAGCCCCCCCCAGAACCUCCCGUAAAGAAAGGCCGGCGCUCCAGGCGCUGUGGCCAGUGUCCGGGCUGCCAGGUGCCGGAGGACUGCGGUGUCUGUACCAAUUGCCUGGAUAAGCCAAAGUUUGGGGGGCGUAACAUUAAGAAACAGUGCUGCAAGAUGAGGAAGUGUCAGAACUUGCAAUGGAUGCCAUCGAAAGCCUUUCUGCAGAAGCAAGCCAAAGCUGUGAAAAAGAAAGAGAAGAAAUCCAAAUCUGGCGACAAGAAAGAGAGUCAAUCUGGGAAGAGCCAGUCCGACUCCGGGCAGAAAGCUGCUUCCCAGCCUGUCCUGACGAGAGAGGACCCCCCUGCAAAGAAAGGCAGUGAGCCUGCCCGGAAGCCCAGCGAGGAGAAGAACGAGGAGGGGCCGCAGCCAUCUCCCCCAGACAACAAGCAAGCCCCUCUGCCUGCUGUCAGGAAAGCCAGCAAACAGGCCCUGCUUCCUGUGUCGGGGCCCCCCCCUCCACCCGCUAGCUCAGGCCCACCCAGAAAGGAAGUCCCUCGAAGCACCCCUGCUGAGCCCAAGAAGAAGCUUGCUCCGCCUCCAGAGGCAGGUGUAGAGCAAAGCAAACAAAAGAAAAUCCCUCCUCGUCCAAGCUUACCAGUGAAACAGAAGCCAAAAGAAAAGGAAAAGCCCCCUCCAGCCAGCAAGCCAGAAAACAGCAUGCUCAGCUUGUUAAGCACUCUGUCAAACAGCAGCAGUUCCAAGCAGAAGUCUGUUGCAGACGGAGUCCACAGGAUCCGAGUGGACUUCAAGGAGGACUGCGAAUCUGAGAAUGUUUGGGAGAUGGGCGGUUUGGGCAUUCUGACCUCUGUACCAAUAACUCCGAGAGUGGUCUGCUUUCUCUGUGCCAGCAGUGGACACCUGGAGUUUGUGUAUUGCCAAGUGUGCUGUGAACCCUUCCACAAAUUCUGCCUCGAGGAGAGUGAGCGCCCCCUGGAGGACCAACUGGAGAACUGGUGCUGCCGCCGCUGCAGGUUCUGCCAUGUGUGCGGGAGGCAGCAUCGGGCCGCCAAGCAGCUGCUGGAGUGUAACAAGUGCCGGAACAGCUUCCACCCGGAGUGCCUGGGGCCAAACUACCCGACCAAGCCGACCAAGAAGAAGAAGGUCUGGAUCUGCACCAAGUGUGUCCGAUGCAAAAGCUGCGGUGCAACAACGCCCGGCAAAGGGUGGGAUGCCCAGUGGUCUCAUGACUUCUCGCUGUGCCACGAUUGUGCCAAGCUCUUUGCAAAAGGGAACUUCUGCCCGCUCUGCGACAAGUGCUACGAUGAUGAUGACUACGAGAGCAAGAUGAUGCAGUGUGGGAAAUGUGACCACUGGGUCCACUCCAAGUGUGAGAACCUUUCAGAUGAGAUGUAUGAGAUCCUCUCCAGCCUGCCAGAGAGUGUGGCUUACACGUGCAGCAACUGCACCGACCAGCAUCCUCCCGAAUGGCGCCUGGCCCUGGAGAACGAGCUGCAGCUGUCCUUGAAGCAGGUUGUGGCAGCCCUGCUUGGCUCCCGGACCACCAGCCACUUGCUGCGCUACAGACAGGCAGCCAAGCCUCCUGAUCUGAAUCCUGAGACCGAGGAAAGCAUUCCGUCCCAGACCUCUCCAGAAGGUCCAGACCCUCCAGUGCUGACCGAAGUCAGCAAGCAAGAGGAGCAGUCCCCGCUGGACCUGGAGGGUGUGAAAAGGAAACUGGACCAAGGAGGCUACUCUUCCGUGCUGGAAUUGAGUGAUGAUAUUGUCAAGAUCAUUCAAGCAGCCAUGAAUGCUGACGGAGGGCAGCCAGAACUCAAAAAAGCCAACAGCCUGGUGAAGUCUUUCUUUACUCGGCAAAUGGAACGAGUUUUUCCAUGGUUCAGUGUAAAGAAAUCUAGAUUUUGGGAACCUAAUAAAGUCACACCCAAUAGCGGAAUGCUGCCAAAUGCAGUCUUGCCUCCGUCCCUCGACCAUAACUAUGCUCAGUGGCAGGAACGUGAAGAAAACAGUUGUGCUCAGCAGCCCCCACUGAUGAAGAAAAUAAUUCCUGCUCCCAAACCGAAAGGCCCUGGAGAACCAGAUUCCCCGACACCACAGCCUCUGCCCGCUGCGCCCGUGUCCAGUUCUGACCAAGGCAGAGAGGACAGUCCGGACCUUGUCCCACCCCCAGAUGUGGAAGACAACCGGCAGUGUGCUCUUUGCUUGAAAUAUGGCGAUGAUGGGGCAAACGACGCAGGACGUCUUCUUUACAUUGGCCAGAAUGAGUGGACACACGUGAACUGUGCCCUGUGGUCUGCAGAGGUCUUUGAGGAUGAUGAUGGCUCCUUGAAGAAUGUGCACAUGGCAGUGAUCCGAGGAAAACAGCUGAGGUGUGAGUCCUGCGUGAAGUCAGGGGCCACGGUGGGGUGCUGCCUGGCUUCCUGCACAAGCAAUUAUCACUUCAUGUGCUCUCGGGCUCAAAACUGCCUCUUCCUGGAGGACAAGAAAGUCUACUGCCAGCGGCACCGGGACCUGAUCCAAGGGGAGGUGGUGCCUGAGGAUGGUUUUGAGGUCCUGAGGAGGGUCUUUGUGGAUUUUGAAGGGAUUAAUUUGAGGCGGAAGUUUUUCAGUGGCCUGGAGCCAGAGAACAUCCAUAUGAUGAUCGGGUCCAUGACUGUCGACUGCCUCGGAAUUCUGAAUGAUCUUUCUGAUUGUGAAGAUAAACUUUUCCCUAUUGGCUACCAGUGCUCUCGGGUGUACUGGAGCACAACAGAUGCAAGGAAGCGCUGUGUGUACACUUGCAAGAUUGUGGAGUGCCGCCCUUCCAACUCAGAGCUAGAUAUCAAUAGCACCGUGGACCACGAUGACAACAGAACCAUCGCUCAUAGCCCCAUGCCACCCCCUGUAGAAAUCCUCACUAAAGAAGUCUCUGCAGCUGUGAGCCCGGUGUGUUCAGACCUUCCAGCGCAACUGCAGAACUGCAAGACCCUGCGGAUGAGAAGGCCAAGUUUUGCCCCUGUCCAGCGAUCCCCUGGUUCAAGGCCGCUGCCCUCUGCAGGGAGUCCUACCCCCGUGACUCACGAGAUCGUGACUGUGGGAGAUCCGCUGCUCUCAUCUGGACUCCGGAGAAUUGGCUCCAGGAGGCACAGUGUGUCUCCUCUGUUCCCCUUGCAGUUCAGGUCCUGGCUGCUGUCUGCCAGCAGAGCCAGGGCCACCCACUCCAGGCCCAGCAUGUCCCCAGCACCCUCCCAGGAUCAGCAGGAUUGGAGCACACCACCAGCAGAACCACUGCAGGGCUCAGCAGCCUCCUGUGCUGCUCUCCAGAGCAGCUCUGCCUCUCCUCGGUCCCAGAAAUCAGCCAUGACAAGUGGAAGUAAAGUUUCUUCUCUGGAGGGAUCCGUCUCUUUGCCAGCGGCACCUCCUGGAGGGGCCAUCCCUGCAAAUGCCGAGAAAGCCAAGUUCCUGUGCUGCAAAGACUCCAGCGCUCCCCCUGGGAGUUCUCAGGAAGGUGCUCCGGUGGCAGGCAUGGCUGGUCCUGAGCCCAGCACCAACCCAGCAGAGAAGCUCCUGGACCCUCUGCCCGUAUUGUUUCCCCCCAAAGACAUGGCAGCCCCUCCGCUCUGCCACCAGAGAGCCCCAAAGAAGGAGCAGAGCCAGCAGGCGGACGCCCCCCAGCCAGAAACACCCAAGGCUUUUGUGGAGGCGGAAGCAAAGGCCUCCAAGACACCUGACGGGAGUAGCAAGCCUCCUCCAGGCAGCGAGCCUCUUCCCCUCGUGAGCAGAGAGAAGCGGCAGACAGGCAAGAAGGGCACGAAGGAGAGGCUUCCCAGCAAGCGCCUCUCCAGUUCCAGCCUCCUCCCGGCCAGCAGUGAAGGAAGCGCAGAGCUGGAAUGUGCUUACCCAGCAGCCCCCGAGCCCUGCAGCAGGGCUGUGGCGGAGAAGGCGGCCGGGAGUCACGCGCUUCUGCAGAGGACCUCCAAGGCCCCUGCUUUCCAUGGCGAACUGGCCCCAUCAAAAGACCUGCAGACCUCGCAGAAGCGCACGGUGAAAGUCACCCUGACUCCCCUCAAGAUGGAAGGGGAGAACCAGCCCAGAACCGUGCCGAGGGAGAGCAAUGCCGACGCUGUGUCUCAGGACAGCAAGCCGCCUUCUGUGGCCGAGCCUUCUUCUGCAGCGGGGCCUGAGGCCCAGGACAGACCAGGUGACACUUCCAUUCCCCAGUCCCAGAGAGAUGCCUACCAGGGUCUUCCCGGACAAGAUGGCAACUUGAUACUCCAGGACGGGGCUAAAGCACAGGAAGAUGGAGCUUACAAGCGGCGGUACCCCCGGCGCAGCGCCCGGGCCAGAUCCAACAUGUUCUUUGGGCUGACUCCCCUGUAUGGCGUAAGGUCUUAUGGCGAAGAAGACUUUCCCUUCUUCAGCAACUCCACUGGGAAAAAGCGAGGCAAGAGGUCUGCUGAAGGGCAAGUGGACGGUGCAGAUGAUGUCAGCACAUCCGAUGAAGAAGAUCUCUACUACUACAACUUUGCCAGGACCGUGGUGUCCAGCACAGGGGAGCACCUGGCACCCCACAGCUUAUUCAGAGAAGAGGAGCAGUGUGGACUUCCCAAAAUCUCCCAGCUCGACGGUGUGGAUGACGGCUCAGAGAGUGAUGCGAGCAUCACAGUGACCACAAGGAAAGUUAAUCCAGUGGCCAAAAGGGGUGGCAAAGAGAACGGGACAGAAAACCUAAAACUUGACAGGAGUGAAGAAAGUGGGGGGAAAGCUCCUGCCACUAAGACCUCAGCUGGCUCCAAAAGCACCGACCCAAAGAUGGAGAACUGCCGGGUCAAACCUCAGGGCCAGGACUCACUGGAAGCUCAGCUCAGCUCCUUGGAUGCAGGUCGCCGACCUCGUGCGAGUACUCCUUCGGACAAAACUCUUUUGGAUACCUUCAACACCGAGCUCCUGAAAUCGGACUCCGACAACAACAACAGUGAUGACUGCGGGAACAUUCUCCCUUCGGAUAUCAUGGACUUUGUCCUGAAAAAUACCCCCUCCAUGCAGGCCCUGGGAGAGAGUCCCGAGUCUUCUUCCUCCGAACUCUUGACACUGGGGGAGGGGCUGGGUCUUGACAGCAACCGGGGCAAGGAUAUGGGCCUCUUUGAAGUGUUUUCUCAACAACUGCCAACAACAGAACCAGUGGACAGCAGCGUUUCGUCAUCAAUAUCUGCAGAGGAGCAGUUUGAGUUGCCGCUGGAACUUCCUUCUGAUCUCUCCGUCUUAACCACUCGAAGCCCUGCGGUCCCCAGCCAGAACCACAGCAGGCUGGCUGUCAUUUCAGAAUCGUCUGGGGAGAGAUCGAUGUUAGCUUUGUCUUCCGGAGAUUCUGCGGAAAAGAGAGUGGCGGGCUCGGAGAAACCUGCCACGAGUGAAGGAGAGCCAGCUCUCCUAAGCCCACCAGUGGACCCCAGCCCAGAAGGACAUAUGACCCCUGACCCCUUCAUUCAGGGUCACCUGGAGGCAGACCAUAUUGCUAGCCCGCCCUGUGGGCAAGUUGAGCAAAGCCAUGGAGCCAGCCAAGAUUUGGCCAGGAACAGCGGGACACCUGCUCUCCCGGUCCCAGCUUCGCCCUCCCUCCCUCUUCAGAGCCCCAAAUACGGUCCCAACUCAGCAGAGAGCCCGGGCCCGUCUCAGAUCUCGAGUGCUGCUGCGCAGGCUGGCCCCCACCAUCUCAAGGCGGCUGCCGAGAAGCUUUUAGUGGUGAACCAGAACAUGCAGCCGCUCUACGUCUUGCAGACUCUUCCCAACGGGGUCACCCAGAAGAUACAGCUGACCUCCUCCGUCAGCUCUGCGCAGGGCGUGAUGGAGGCCAGCCCUUCUGUGCUCGGGCCCAUGGGUGCCGGGCUGGCCUUGGCCGGCUUGCCCUCGUCCCAGCCGCUCUUUCCUCCGGCCAGUAAAGGUCUGCUGCCUCUGCCGCAUCACCAGCACCUGCACUCCUUUUCCGCAGCGCCCCAGAGUGGCUUCGCGCCCGCUCUUGGCAGCCCUGCCCCAGGCCUGCUGAUUGGUGUCCAGCAGCCACCCGAGCCAGAAGCCACUCAGAGGGCGGAUGCUGGCCCUGCGGCCACCACCCCUUCUGCUGGCCUGGUCAAGAAAAGGCCUAUCGCUCGCCUGCCGUCACGGAAGCAUAAGAAGGUGGCCCCUUCCUCUGCCGCCUCUCCUGACUUGGUCUCAAACAUGACACUAAUCAACUUCGCCCCCUCCCAGCUCCCCAGCCAUUCGGGCCUGCUGGAUCUGGGAACAGGCAGCAACUCUGCCCCCCACAGAACCCUCCCCAACAUCAUCAAGCGCUCCAAGGCGGGGGUGAUGUACUUUGAGCAGGCAACCCUGUUGCCCCAGGCUGCAGCAGCUGGGGUUGGGACCCCCCCUCCUGCGGCUGGGCAGGAAUCAGGACACCUGGCCACGGGACCUGUGGCUGGCCUCAGUGCCACGCCGUCUGUUCUGAACGUGGUCCCUAUGCAGACAUCAGCAGCAGUGUCUUCUGCGGGCACAGCGGCUCCUGGGCAUGUGCUGGGACCUGGGUCAGUGGCACUGGGCAGCCCUGGACUGCAGGGCGUCCCAGACCUCGGCUCUCUCAGCAGCCUGCUGAUCAAAGCCUCCCAGCAGGGCCUGGGCCUCCCAGAGCAGCAUGCGGGUGGGCCAGCCACUGGCUCGGGGUUGUUCUCACAGCUUGGCCCCACCUCCGCACUGGCUGCAGCCUCGGGCCCCUGUGCCUUGCCUUCAGCACAGCCUGUGGGCAUCACCACCACAGACCCAGAAGGGUCUUACCAGCCUGUGACACCCGGACCAGGCAGCAAAACCGGGACUGUCCUGUCCAAGGAGGACCUCGUCCCUACACAGACUGCUUCGCUCUCGUGCUUCCCUCCGUUGGUGGACGUUGCUGAUGCUGCAGCUCCAGAACAAAGCCCACCUUCCCCUCUGGCUGCCCAUCCCCACUCCGCUGCCCCACCUGCUGACCAGCCAGCCCCCGCCUGCUCUGGGCCAGGCUCCCUGAAAGCCAAGCUCAAAGUGAAGAGGCUCCAGCCCUCCUCAGACAGCAAAGCGUCCGGGAAGAAGCACAAACCCUCUCACCCUUGGGGCCCUUCGCAGGAGAAACACGUGUCCCACCGAGGGGCCUGUGCAGCAGCCCAGGAUUCCUCGUGUGUCGGGCAAACUCCAUCAUCUCCCCCAGAAUCACAGCCUGCCCAGAAUGCUGCCAGCAAGUCAGAAAAUGCAGAUGCCAAAACUGCAGAGGAGGAGGAGGAAGAGGAAGAGGAGGAGGAGGAGGGCCCUUUCAGCUCCCCUCUCAUCUUCUGGCUGCAGCAAGAACGGAAGAGGAAGGAGAGCCUGGCAGAGAGGAAGCCAAAGAAAGGACUGAUUUUUGAGAUCUCAAGUGAUGACGGCUUUCAGAUCUGCUCCGAAAGUAUUGAAGAUGCCUGGAAGUGCUUGACUGACAGAGUCCAGGAGGCCCGCUCCAACGCUCGCCUGAAGCAGCUGUCUUUCACAGGCGUGAGUGGGCUCAGAAUGCUGGGCAUCCUCCACGAUGCCGUCGUCUUCCUGAUCGAGCAGCUCUCUGGAGCAAAGCACUGCCGCAACUACAAGUUCCGGUUCCACAAGCCCGAGGAAGCCAAGGAGCCGCCAGUCAACCCACACGGCUGUGCCAGGGCAGAGGUGCACCGGAGGAAGUCUGCCUUCGACAUGUUCAACUUCCUGGCUUCCAAGCACCGCCAGCCGCCUGAGUACAACCCCAAUGAGGAGGAGGAGGAGGAAGUGCAGCUGAAGUCUGCCCGGAGGGCCACCAGCAUGGACCUUCCGAUGCCUAUGCGGUUCCGACACUUGGAGAAGACCUCCAAGGAGGCUGUUGGAGUUUACAGGUCCCCCAUCCAUGGCCGGGGCUUGUUCUGCAAAAGAAACAUCGAUGCGGGAGAGAUGGUCAUUGAAUAUGCUGGCAAUGUGAUCCGCUCCAUCCUAACUGACAAGCGGGAGAAAUACUAUGAUGGCAAGGGCAUCGGCUGCUACAUGUUCCGCAUCGAUGACUCGGAGGUGGUGGAUGCCACCAUGCACGGGAACGCUGCCCGCUUCAUCAACCACUCCUGCGAGCCCAACUGCUAUUCCCGGGUCAUCAACAUUGACGGCCAGAAGCACAUCGUCAUCUUCGCCAUGCGCAAGAUCUACCGUGGCGAGGAGCUCACCUAUGACUACAAGUUCCCCAUUGAGGACGCCAGCAACAAACUGCCCUGCAACUGUGGCGCCAAGAAAUGCCGCCGGUUCCUCAACUGAUCGGGCCUGGGGGCUGGCUUGGCAGGUGGGGUGGGGGCACCCCUCCCGAGCAUCCUGGUCCUCCCAAGAAGAGGGUCGUCGAGGAGAUGAGCCCGUGGAGCAGGGUCUCAGCGGGAGCCUUUCCAGAGACGCAGAGCCGUGUGCCACGGAGGAUGCUCUGAGUGUGGGGGCUGGGAGCCUCACCUGUGCCUGGCCUAGCUGUCCUCCUGCCUUGGUGGGCCUGUUGGUGGCUUUCCCUUGAAGCAGCACCUGUGCGGGAGCAGAGGAGGCAGGGGUGCUGCUAGUCAGCCAGGCCCCAGCCCCCUCCCCUGCCAGUGCAGAACCUGCAGAGAGGAGGUGCCCUUCCCUCACUGUGAGCAUGCCCAGGGCGAGGGUUCUAGGCAGGGGACGGCCUCCAUCAGACCAGAAAGUCUCUGAGCCAAUAGGAAAGCCGGAUUGUGAUUACACCGGAUGGAGGGGGCGGAGCUUGGCACCCCCAUGAGAGCAUCUCCUUUCCGCCCGUUCGGUUCCCGCCUCUCGAAUUGCAUCAUUAGAUUUUACUUGGUUCUGUUUACAGUUUUAGUAUUUAAAAUUUUGUAAAUGUAAAUAAUUUUGUAUAUUUUUCUAUGAGAAGCACUUCAUAGGGAGGAGCACUUAUGAGACUAUUUUUUCAACUGUGGUGUCAUCCUAAUUUAAGAGACUCUGUUUCUGAUUUGAGCUGGGGGGGGGAGGGGCGCUGUUGACUCCUUCCUGCAGAGGAGGGGCUGAGCCUUGCGGUCGCCGCUGGUCCUUGCCAGACAUCUUUGGUUGGACCUGGAAGGACUCUGCCUUGUGAGGGAGGAGGUCCCUGCCGCCCUUCCCUCUGCCCCUCCCGGCCUUGGUAGCUGAGCAUCUCCUGGCACCAGGUGCCUUCCAGGCCAACAAGCACACUCCAUACAUUUGCCCCACCUGCCAUCCGCCUGGAAUGAGCCGUCCAGCACCACGGAAAGCCCCACCUGGCCUGGAGGAGGGGCACAGUGUUCCUUCUCUGGCCAUCAGUCUUCUCCCGGCUGGAACUUGGAGGGAGGGGACCCAUCAGACCUGGGCACAGGGGAGGCAGCCUGUCCCGUUGCCUGGAGAACACUCUGAGCGUGAUCCCAGGGGCCGGGGAGAGUCAGUGGAACUCACUGUCCCUUGCUGCUUCUAGGUCUGCCCUGCUGCCAUCAGUGGCAGCUGCUGUGGCCAGUUAAACUGUCUGUUGGCUGAGGAAGCCAGGAGGGUUGCUGCCCUGGGAGGGGGGGGGUCCCAGUUGCUCCAACUGGCUUGGCUUCUCUGCACAAGGGGAGGGGCAGAAGGAGGGCCCCUCCUCGCAGCUUCCCAGCGAUAUGAAUGUAUAUUUCUAAGGACUGACAGAGAUCAUGAAACCUGAGAAUACGAAGACUCAAACCUCUAAGGUGUUUAUUUUUUUAAAGGAAAAGCGGGUCAUUGCAAAGGGCUGGGUCUUUCCUCCGUUGCAAAGCAAUACUGGGUUCUUCUGCCAGAUGUCCUUUGCGCAGAAUCAAGUCAUUUGCCCCUUGACUGCUGGUCCGCCCACCCCACGUCCUCCCCCAAACACACACCUGCAAGGUUUUAUAACUAUAAAUAUGGUAUAUAUAGGAACUACUAUUGUAAUGCACCGUGUCUUGAAGCCUGGCUUUGAAUUCUCUUUAACACUAUAGAUCAAGGUUAUCUUGCAACUGCUCCACCGGCAGGCAGGCAGGCAGCCCAGCCAGCCAAGGGGGGUGAGGGCCGCUCCCCUGCCUGAGCCUGCUGGCGAGAGGAUCCUUUGCAAGGAAUUAUCCUGGCUUUUCCGUGUGACCAGUCAAUACUUGUACAACUUGUUUCUCUUCCUCAGGGCCCCGUCCUUGUCGGGGUGCCUCAGCCGUGUCAUGUGCUUUCCUAGUAUCUGAAGAGCCGACCCUGCCGCUUUGCCUCUCGGCCAAGAGCUGUCCUUGUGGUGUUCCUUUGAUUCAGUGUCGGUAGUAAGUACUUGUUUCAAGCCGUGCAAACGCUCUGCUGCAAACACAGGGUUCUGUUUCAAACAAAAUGCAACUUAUGUCAAAACAAUCUUCAGUUUUGUUUUCUUCUGUUCUUCCAGACUUGGAUUUUUUUUUCUUUCAAAAGAGGAAACGUGUCUCUAGUGCGUCAGUGUUAAUUCCCUGCCAUCCCAGGGAUGAAGGAAGUUCUUUUAAUGGUUCAAGAAAUGACUGAAUGUAAAAAAAAAGUGUAUAUAGUUGUAAAAAAAAGGAGUUUUUAAACAUGUUUAUUUUCUAUGCACUUUUUUUAUUUAAGUGAUAGUUUAAUUAAUAAACAUGUCAAGUUUAUUGCUUCAGAGAA